CUGUGUUAACAUAGUCCUUUUUUAUGUUUUUUAUUUUUUAUAAAAACCUUAACAAACACAAUACAAAAAGACACCACAACACUUGCAUAACAAUGACGUCACUGAUAUAUCCCGCGAAAGUUCAACUCCUCCAUUCCCGAUCCGCGGGCGCCGUCGUCGGUCCUUUUAGACACUAGUUUGAUAUUUUUUGAAGUAUGGCUUUGCUUUUUGGGGGUUUACUGAUAACGUCCGGCAUUUUUGUCGCAGGAAGUCAUGACUCUGUGGCUGCAACCAUCCAAGCACAGGAGGGGGAAACGGCUCAUCUGCCGUUCAACUUUAGCGGCAUCAACCUGCAGAAUCAAACGUUGGACCUACGGAGAGUCGAUGGGAAUUUCACCGACUCCAACAAAUAUGUGUUCUCCAUCCGAGACGGGAAAGAGAACUUUGAGCCUCAGUCUGAGUCGUACAAGAACCGAGUUUUCGUGAACCAAACCAGUCUGAUCUCAGGAAUCGUGAUCCUGGAGAUCUCUUCAGUGAACCGGUCAGACAGCGGCGUUUACCGGUUAACCGUCCCCAAACUGAAGAAGACUCAGACUCUGACGCUGGACGUGAAAGAGUCUGAGAUGAAGAACAAAGAAGGAAAAUAUGUUAAUACCACGACUGCAGAGGAACAGAAGGAUGAAGCCCAAAUUCACAACAACAGUCGUCUCGAUGGGCUUCCAGCUUGUAAACGCCAUCAUUGGUUUGCGGUCACCCCUGUGGCUUUGUUCUUCAUCACCAUCAUCAUCAUCAUCGUUCCGGUUAAAAUCUGGCCCUGGAGCCCAAAUGAUGAAGUGAAAAGUCCAUCCUGUGAGAUGAAGAUCAAAGAAAAGGACUCAACAGACGUAGAGGACGAACUGCUGAGAGUUUGAACCCACACGGUUUUAGGAGACGACUGGAAAAUGAUUUUCAGAAGGUCUUCAUUAUUUCAUUUCAGUCAUUAAUUAAUUAGAUGUUCUUAAGGCGUUCCUCCAAAAGAAAAGCUUCAAGUCAAACAAUUAAGAUUCUCCGAACCUCCUGGAGCUUCAGGAUCCAUCUGGUUAAACUAGAAUCCAACAGAAACAUUUCUGUGUUCCCAUUUAUUUAACAUGUCAGCUGAGGAGGAGACGUCUGUCCCUCCAACCACUGCAGCCCCAACACUGAGGUUCAAUUCCUUUCAAUUUUAUUUGUAUAGCCCAAAAUCACAACAACAGUCUUCUCGAUGGUUCUGAUUGGUUCCUCGAGCUGAACGUCGGUUUGAAUCUGCUGUCUGUCUCUGAGUCCAAACGGCUUCAAACCAGGACUCCUGCUGGCUGCAGGACCACCUCUGAUGCAGGCUGAAGUAGAGCGGUCGACCUCUGAUCAGAAGGUUGUAGGUUUGGUUCCCGUCUUGCCCGUUCAUGUGUCAAAGUGCCUUUGAGCAAAACACGGAAGCCUGUAUUGCUCCUGCUGGUUACAGGUUUGUGUCAGAGUUCAUCAGCAGAACUGCCAUCAGACGUCUGUCAUCUAUGCUGAAAGAAAUUCUGAUCAACUGCUGAUUCUGUUGAAGCUGCUUCAGUAUCAAACACUCAAACGUGGAUUUGGUUCAAAUUCAUGAAUUUCUAUUCUAUGGAGUCUGAGACCGUUGCCAUGGAAACCAAUUCUGUUACUGUAAUACUUCAGGACCUUUUUCAGUUUAAAAUCACUUUCUGCCUUAAGAUUUUAAAGCGCCCCCCGAUCAUCUUCUGAUCUUAUUCCAAAAUGUCCCCAGUGGUGUUUUUCAUAGUAAGUUUUUUCAUUUUGAGCCAAAAUAAGAAUAAAACAAAGAGCCAUUCUCUGGGACAUAGUUUCUGCAGAGCAGCAGACUUUCAUGGAUCUAUUAGUCUAGAGGUGAAUGCAUCAGAAUGGAGCAGAAAACUUGUGACUGUCCUACAUAUUUUCUACGACACUAACAGCAUUUUGAAAUAAAAAAUCAGAAAUGCGGUUUUGAGCCUAGUUCUCUUUAUCCGUGUCCUCCAUCAUCAGAAAAUGCUUCACUGUUAAAAACACUAUUUUGAUUGAAGUUUACAGUAAUUCAGACCAAGAUGAAGGAGUCCAAACAUCCAUAUUUAUUAUUUAAAACAAUAUUCAUUGUUGGUGAAGCAGAAGAAAUGGAACACUGUGAUAUUUUAAAAUAUGUUCUCUGUUAACUUUUGUCUUUAAUUUAUUUCACUUCAACCUGUCAAAAAUAAAUAAAUGAAAGAAUGAAGAAAACAGAAAAAUGUUCAUUUUUUUCUUCUAAUUAUCAAAGUGCAGCAGUCGACUCUUUUCUUCAGCAGCAGAUUGAUUUGUCUGAUAGUUUAGAGAAGAAAUGUCGUCAAACUGACAAAAAUGUCUGCAGGUUCUAGAAAUGGAACCAAGGAAAUCAGAAAUACGACAAGAGACGUUUUGGCUCAAGACAAAAACUAUUUUUGAAUCAAAUUCCAUAAAAAGAUGCUUUAAAAAAAUCUUUCUGUAAUGAAAGAUGCAGGUGUUAAACAUUAACAUGCAUGUUUUCACAAACACGUAUGUUAACACGUCAAGAACAAACUGAGGUUCAGGAGGAAACUUCUCACAAUUUAAGACAUUUCUGUCAUUUAUUGGUGAUUAAAUAUUUUCUCAUCACCAAUUUCUUUUCCCAGUAAGUUUUGUUUCACUUAUUAAGUUUGGUAGUUUAACUUGACCAUUGGAAGACAACACUAUUAUUAUUAAAUGA